GUAAUACCUGGCAACCCCGCGCAUCUCCAGCGCUCUGCCUGCUGGUCUGUUUGUGUUGCUUAGCUUAGCCUGCUAGUGCUGCGGGAGGAUCAGGGCAAUCUGCUCAGUUCAUUUGGGCUUAAAAUGGACGUUUUUGCACAUUUCCUCUGGACGUGCUGAGCCUAAAGAUGACAGACUGUGGAGACAGUUGUCCUCAUCUGGACUCCAUAGGUGAAGUGACUAAGGAGGAACUUCUGCAAAAAUCUAAGGGUACCUGUCAAUCAUGCGGUGUAGGUGGUCCUAACCUCUGGGCAUGUCUUCAGUGUGACUGUCCCUAUGUGGGAUGUGGAGAGUCGUAUUCAGACCACAGCACCACACAUGCCCAGGCGAAGAAACACAAUCUGACAGUGAAUCUGACAACAUUCAGGGUGUGGUGUUAUGUGUGUGAGAGAGAGGUGUUUCUGGAGCAGAGGCCUAUAAGCCCAUUGGCAGCAACUCAACGGUACAAAUCUCUUGAACAGGAUUCUUCUUCCCAGAGCACAUGCCACCCACUGAAGGCAGUUCCAAUUGCUGUGGCAGAUGAUGAAGGUUCAGAGUCAGAGGAAGAUGAGUUUAAGCCCAGAGGCCUCACAGGGAUGAAGAACAUUGGAAAUUCUUGUUAUAUGAAUGCAGCUCUGCAGGCUCUCUCAAACUGUCCUCCUUUGACUCAGUUUUUCUUGGACUGCAGUGGACUGGUGCGUACAGAUAAGAAACCUGCACUGUGCAAAAGCUAUCAGAAACUGAUUUCUGAGCUCUGGCAUAAAAAACGGCCCAGUUAUGUGGUCCCAACUAGUCUGUUUCAUGGCAUCAAACUGGUGAAUCCUAUGUUUCGUGGCUACGCACAACAGGACACUCAGGAAUUCCUGCGCUGUCUGAUGGAUCAGCUGCACGAGGAACUGAAGGAGCCUUUCAUUGACUACAGCAACUCCAUUACUGACAAUGACACAGAGAGCAACCAUGACAACCAAAACCAUGCUGAUGGAGAUCGUAGCCCGUCUGAAGAUGACUUCUUGUCAUGUGACUCUGGUUCAGGGAGCGAGAGAGGUGACGGAGAUAGAGCAGGAGGUGAGACAGAGCUUCUUAUUCAGGAUGAAUGCACAGGAACGCGGGAGAGCAGUGGGAUCUCUGAGAAAGAGAAGCUGAAGGAGAGACGUCGAGAGGACCGAGGAGAAGAGAGAACACCGGAGAUGGAUGAAGACGCUGAUGUAGACACGGCAGUGCAGGAGGAUCAGAAUGAAAGAGUUGGAGAGCAGAUUGGGGAUGUCAGAACUCAGGGAAAUACAGAACCAGACAAUGAGGUAUCCAUGCAUCGGCCGUCUUCUCGUCCCUGUAGCCCCACUCAAAACUUGCAGGAAUUUCAUUCAAAACUGUCUAGCAGCCCUCCAAGGUCCAGCCCUCUGCGAGCCAGCCCCGCCUAUGCCUUCAAAAAAGCUCAGAUGCUACUGGGAACCAAGAAGAAGAAGCAGUCCCGGUUCCGCAGCGUUAUAUCUGACAUUUUUGAUGGUUCCAUUCUGAGCCUAGUCCAGUGUUUGACUUGUGAUCGGGUGUCAACAACAGUUGAGACUUUUCAGGAUUUAUCUCUGCCCAUUCCGGGCAAGGAAGACCUGGCUAAACUCCACUCCUCCAUCCACCAGAGCACUCCAGCCAAGAUGGGUGUGUGCACAGACACCUACGCUUCCCAGGGCUGGCUCUCCUACAUUAUGGAGUCGAUACGCAGGUUUGUAGUGUCCUGUAUCCCCAGCUGGUUUUGGGGUCCAAUGGUGACACUGGAGGACUGCCUUGCUGCUUUCUUUGCUGCAGAUGAACUGAAAGGGGAUAACAUGUACAGCUGUGAACGAUGUAAAAAGUUGAGAAAUGGUGUGAAAUAUUGUAAGGUCCUACAACUCCCAGAGAUUUUGUGCAUUCACCUAAAGCGCUUUCGGCACGAGGUCAUGUACUCCUUUAAGAUUAGCAGCCAUGUUUCUUUCCCACUGGAGGGUUUGGACCUGCAGCCGUUCUUGGCCAAAGACAGCCCUUCUCAGAUAACUACUUAUGAUCUCCUUUCUGUCAUCUGCCACCAUGGCACAGCCGGAAGUGGCCAUUACAUAGCAUAUUGUCAGAACGUUAUCAAUGGCCAGUGGUACGAGUUUGAUGAUCAGUAUGUAACAGAGGUCCAUGAGACAGUCAUACAGAAUGCAGAGGCCUAUGUCCUUUUUUACAGAAAGAGCAGUGAGGAAUCAGUAAGAGAACGGCAGAAAGUCAUAGCUCUGGCUAAUCUGAAGGAGCCCAGUCUACUACAGUUCUACAUUUCCAGAGAAUGGCUUAACAAAUUUAACACAUUUACUGAACCAGGACUCAUCACUAAUCAUACUUUCCUGUGUCAGCAUGGAGGAAUUCCUCCUACAAAAUAUCACUAUGUGGAUGAUCUGGUGGUGAUUCUGCCUCAGAAUGUAUGGGAAUACCUUUAUAACAGGUUUGGAGGAGGUCCGGCUGUAAAUCACCUGUAUGUGUGCACUAUAUGCCAAGUGGAGAUUGAGGCCGUAGCCAAACGAAGGAAAACUGAAAUCGACACCUUCAUCAAGCUCAAUAAGGAGUUCCAGGCCGAGGAAGCUCCUACAGUUAUUUUGUGCAUCAGCAUGCAGUGGUUUAGGGAGUGGGAGAACUUUGUCAAGGGUAAAGACAAUGAGCCUCCAGGCCCAAUUGACAACAGCAAGAUUACAGUGAUGAAGGGGGGACAUGCACAGUUAAAACAUGGGGCUGACUAUGGGCAAAUCUCUGAGGAGACAUGGCAGUACUUGUUGGGAAUUUAUGGUGGCGGUCCUGAAAUUGCUGUGAGGCAGAACGUCAGUUCUCCUGAAUCAGACACACAUGGAGAGAGGAAGAUCGAGGCAGAAACUAGAGCACUCUGAGUGGCAUUCUGAAUGUGGCUGAACUUUAUUUGCACCAUGUUUACGCCUGCUUUCCUGUAAGCACUUUGUGAGCUCGCCUAAUGCUGUGGUCUGUUACUUCUAUAGAACUUGGAUGUGUAGUAACACAGGGUUGGUUUACUAGAAGUCUACAUUUCUGGACAGUGUCAGGUUCCCCUUUACGUACAUUUAAACUGUAUUUAUUGCAGAAUUCAGAUUACACAUAUGCAGUAAUGCACAAGACCUCUAGUAGAAAAAACAAAGCUUUACAUGCACUUUGUGGAAUUAACAGACUGUCCUAGGUUGUAAAUAUUUACAUAUUUCUAACUGGGAUUGAUGCAGUACUUACUGUAGCAGGAUGAGGUCUUCUGAACUAUAAAAGUACACACCCACAGAUGUGCAUAGGCAAACUCCAACUCAAUCCAUUAGUUUCUCUCUCACUCACUCACACACCUGCAGACAGAUAACAAUCUAUUCAAAUUCAGCUGUUGUAGAUUGAGUUCUUCACUGUGUUUUGAUGAGACCCAACCCUGGUUGCUGCUUUUUAGAGCUAUUCUAUAACAAUAGAUCCUUUGGUCAGUCUUCAAAAUUUUUCGAAUGCGUUCUUUUAAUGGCUGUUAAUGUUGUUAAAAGGUGGUACAUGUAGCUACAAGCCUACUCUCAGACUGAGUCAUAGCAAACUGUUUAGCACUUACAUCAGAACCACUUUUUACUUCCUUUUAAUGUGAUUAAUACAACAAUACUGACUCAUUUAAGUCUAACACUAUCAUGCCAGACACUAUCUGAUGUAAGCUGGUUUUUAAGUUUGAUAGUGGACCAUUAAUUUAAUUAAAAGUAGACCCAGGACAUUUUUGGCACAGUAAAUGAAGUCAUAUCAUGAGAGCCAGAUUUUGCUGGUUCAGUAAGAGACUUCUAUUAUUUAUGUUUGGUAUGUUAGCUAUUUCUCUUAUAUGGUUAAAGUAUUAGACUCUGUUCUAGAUAAAACUGGACUUGGAAGUCAAAUACUGUGUGAAAUGUAAUUGAUGGGUUAUGUCUUUGUUCUUUUGUAGUUUCAAGUGUCAAUGUACAUAUUGUGUAGGAAUGAAAAGAGUGUGUUACAAAGAGUUACAAAAAUCAGUCCUUUACGGUCCUUUAUUUAUACGUUUGUUUAUGUGCCCUUGUGUUCAGGUCAUGUUGAAAUUCACCAACGUAGACUAUUAAAAGUUCUACCAACAUUUUCACUUGUGUUUUUAGUUAAGUAGUAAAUUCAGGGCUUGUGCAAUGAAGUCAGGCCGAGAAACCUCGACAAUAAACAGUUUAUGCUAAAGUAGAUUUGGAUUCACAAGGACUAUAAUUUACAGCAUGUUAUCCAUAGUUGAGCUGAUGGCAACAGGGGUGGUGUCCUAAAUAAGCCCCAAAUUGCUCCUGUAUCAUCUUAAUUCUACUGUUGAUCCCAUCAUGCAUAUUAAAUCUUAUUUCAGGUUUAUAAUAUGAUGCAUAUUUCUUCCCUAGUUGAAAUGUCAGCUGGUUAUUACAUUAAGCACAAUCAUAGACAGCUUGAUAAUCUGAUUAUUAAAAGAAAUGUUUGGAGAACUAAGAAUGACUGUUUUGCUGAUUAUGUGAAUUGUACCUAUUUAAAAUGCCAAGCUUAGUGCUUGUGUAAUGGCUUUUCAACUCUGAGUGUGUAGAUGUCACUGAACUAAUAAAGCCUGUUUUUUUUUCCA